CGGGAGCUGGGCGGGAGCUGGGCGGGAGCUGGGCGGGCGACCCGGGCGAGGUGGGGCUGCGGCCUCCUCCGAGGCGGCCAGGAUCCUGCAGCGCACUGAGGGCGCCCCGACCGCGCCCCUCGAGUCUCCCAGCCCCUCCUCUUUGGACCUCUUUCCACCCUCCCGGCUCAGCACCGCUGCGCUUUCCUCUCUCUGGGACCAGCCCUUCUCGGCGCCCUUGUGCCCUAGGGAGAUGCGAUGAGCCGGUGCCCCCGCGUCCUCAUCGCCGCCUCGGGCAGGGUGCCCACCCAGUGCCCGUGGUGGGGAGGGAGCACCCCGCAGUCCCUCCGUGACGCCCCUCCGGUGGCUCCCCCCUCAGCUGGAGUCCUUGGGCAGUGCCCCCAGGGACCCAGCCAGGGGGUGGGCUCUAGAACGAGGUGGGUGGAGAGGAGAAAGGACGGGGCCUUGGGCGCCUCUGAGAUGCUCCCAAGCGCCAGGGGGUGCCGAGCGAGGCGCAAUCAGCCAGGCAGCAGGCAUGAUGCCCUCGCCUAGCGACUCCGUCCGCUCGCUGACCAGCCGGCCCAGCACCAGGGGCCUUACCCACCUCCGCCUCCACCGACCCUGGCUGCAGGCCCUACUCACGCUGGGGCUGGCCCAGGUGCUCCUGGGCAUCCUGGUGGUAACCUUCAGCAUGGUGGCCUCCUCCGUCACCACCACCGAGAGCAUCAAGAGGUCCUGCCCAUCUUGGGCUGGGUUCUCGCUGGCGUUCUCCGGGGUAGUUGGCAUUGUGUCCUGGAAGCGGCCAUUCACUCUAGUGAUCUCUUUCUUCUCCUUGCUUUCGGUACUCUGUGUCAUGCUCAGCAUGGCUGGCUCUGUUCUCUCCUGCAAGAAUGCUCAGCUGGCCCGGGACUUCCGACAGUGCUCCAUGGAUGGAAAGGUCUGUGUGUGCUGUCCCCCUGUUCCCCUACCCCGGCCCUGUCCCGAGCCAGGGCAGGAACUGAAAAUUUCCCCUAACUCCACCUGUGAUGAAGCCCGCGGCGCACUCAAAAACCUGCUCUUUAGUGUCUGCGGGCUCACCAUUUGUGCUGCCAUCAUCUGCACCCUGUCUGCUAUUGUCUGCUGCAUCCAAAUCUUCUCUCUGGACCUCGUGCAUACGCAGCUGGCCCCUGAGCGCUCAGUCUCAGGCCCCCUGGGGCCACUCACCUGUACGUCCUCGGCUCCUGCCCCUCUCCUGCACACCAUGCUGGACUUGGAGGAAUUUGUACCACCCGUGCCCCCACCACCCUACUACCCCCCAGAGUAUACGUGCAGCUCUGAGACAGACGCGCAGAGCAUCACAUACAAUGGCUCCAUGGACAGCCCUGUGCCCCUGUAUCCUACUGAUUGCCCCCCUUCUUAUGAAGCUGUCAUGGGCCUUCGAGGAGACAGUCAGGCCACUCUGUUUGAUCCUCAGCUUCACGACGGCACCUGCAUGUGCGAGCGAGUGGCCUCCAUUGUGGAUGUGUCCAUGGACAGCGGGUCUCUGGUGCUGUCGGCCAUCGGCGACCUCCCGGGGGGUUCCAGCCCGUCAGAGGAUUCGUGCCUGCUGGAGCUGCAGGGCUCCGUGCGCUCCGUCGACUACGUGCUCUUCCGCUCCAUCCAGCGCAGCCGCGCCGGCUACUGCCUCAGCCUGGACUGCGGUUUGCGGGGGCCCUUCGAGGAGAGCCCCCUGCCUCGGCCUGACUUCAGGGACCUUUAUACCAAAGUGCUUGAGGAAGAAGCUGCCUCCAUUUCCUCUGCAGAUACAGGGCUCUGCUCUGAAGCCUGCCUCUUCCGCCUGGCCCGCUGCCCUUCCCCCAAGUUGCUCCGUGCCCGCUCGGCCGAGAAACGGCGCCCGGUGCCCACCUUCUGUAAGGUCCCCCUGCCCUCGGGCCCUGCACCUGCCCACUCUCUGGGGGACCUGAAAGGAAGCUGGCCGGGCCGGGGCCUGGUCACUCGUUUCCUCCAAAUGUCCAGGAAGUCACCAGACCCCACUGGGACGGGAGCCCAUGGACAUAAGCAGGUGCCCCGGAGCCCGUGGGGCCAGCCAGGCCGAGAGAGCCUCCACCUCCGGAGCUGUGGUGACCUGAGCUCUGGCUCCUCCCUGCGGCGCCUGCUGUCCGGUCGCAGGCUGGAGCGUGGAACUCGCCCCCACAGCCUUAGCCUCAGCGGGGGCAGCCGGGAGACGGGGCUCUGACCUGGGCUUUUUGUCACACUGAACAGAUCCACAUGAGUGCUGGGGUCACAGGCACCAGCCGGGCGGGACCAGCAGCCCCCAGCGCCUCCUUGCACUGGCUGGCACACAAAGAAACCUGCUGUAUACCCCCAAAGUGCCCCUUUCCCUCCUACCUUUGGGGACCUCUGCUGCUUUCUGCCCCUCUGGACCGGGACAGCUUCUGUCCUGUGCUGCAUAGGAGUUCAGCUAUGGGGGAGGUGCCCCACUUACAGUGCGGGAACAGGAAAAGCACCGACUCCCUCCAGUUUGAGAGUGCCUCUUUGCGUUCUCAGGAGCACGCUGGACAAGGAAAGGCGCGUCUUGGCAUCUAAGUCGAGGGGCAUUUGUGCCUGUGCAGUGGGGUGGUGAGGCAGGCAUGAAGAAUCAGAAAUCCGGGUGGCCUCGGCUCUGCCACCUCCAGCUGCAUGACCUUGGGCAAGUUAUUUAACCUCAUUUGCCUGAUCAGUAAAAUAUUGUGAAGAUGAAUGUUUGUAAAGCUCUUAAUAUAAAAGUAAGCCUUCAAUAAAUUUAAAUUGUUCCCUUC